ACGAAACAAAUUUCUACAGGAAACUCUAUUUUUAACACCUUUUAUCACCCUUACACAUUUUUUCUGCAGUUUAAAUAAGAGUUUCAGAGUCCUUUUGCACACCACCCCAAAAAAUAAUUCCGUAUUUCAACACAGACUCAAAUUUUGCAAGAUACACACUUCUUAAAACAGUUUGGCUCACUGAGUCCCAUAGGCAUUUUAUCAAAUAGGUAGUCUUGCUAAGUUUUGCCACACAUAUUGUGUGUGGGUUGCCCAACUUAAAUCUUCAGUAAUGCAAAUACCCAAAAAUUUUACGUCCACUGAACAAACCACCACAUUAUUUAUGAAAAAAUAACACCUUUGACAUAGACAUGUUUAUUAUUAAAUGAUUUUCAUAAAACUAUUUUUCUGAUUGAUUUACAUUUUGAAUUUUUUCAUUUAAUGAUAAAAUAUUUUUUCCAGUAAUCAAUAUAUUUGUAUCAUCAGCAAAUAGUAUUACCUCUGCAUUAUGUAUAACUCGGGGCAGAUCAUUUAUAAAUAAUAGGAAUAAAAGGGGUCCCAAAACUGAACCAUGAGGUACACCCUAUUUAAUUGCUUUAAGCGAUUAGGUAACUGUCUUCAUUUUAGAAGUCUUUUGAUCCAUAUAGUGAAUUUCAACAGACUGUGAUCCAUCUGUAAGAUACGAUCCCAUCGAUGCACGAGAUAUUCCUCUCAGUCCAUACGGUUCCAACUUUGCAAGCAGCAAGUUAUGAUUAAUAACAUCAAAUCCUUUGAUACAUCUAGAAAUAUACCAAAGGCCAGUUGUUUAUUAUCUAGUGUUUUCUGAAUUUCUCCAAUAAAAGUUUGAAUUGCCAUAAACGUGGAUUUAUUUUUUCUGAAACCAUUUUGGGCAUUUCAUAUCAGAUUGAAUCUAUUUAAGAAAUUUACAACCCUAUUGUACAUCAAUGUUUCAAGAAUUUUUGAAAAAAAAGAACUAAAUUGAGAUUGGUCUGUAAUUUGCAAUAUUUUGUUUCUGACCUUUCUUAAAAUAGGUCGAACUUUUGCAAUCUUCAUUUGAUUUGGAAAAAUGCCAGAACUUAGUGGCAGAUUAAAUAUAAAAGUCAAAGGUUUUUUUAUGGUUUGGAUACAUUGUUUAACUAUCAGAUCCGGAAUCUCAUCAUAACCUGCUGAAAUUUUCGUUUUUAAUUUACUAGUAACCUGAAGAACCUCUUCUUCAGUAACAGGGGCAAGAAAUAAUACAUUUGGAUUUUGUAUCGCUUCAUUUGUAAUAUCAUGGUCAAUUGUACAAUUUUUAUUUAAAUGUAUCAGCUUGUCUAUGCUAUUUUAGUGUCCAUUUGUCUAUAGCCGUCUAAAUUGCAACACUUGUUUUACACUUCAAUAUAUUCUUUAACACUUAACACUACAUGUUUCGGCCUCAAAGGGCCAUCUUCAGGUGUUUUAUUACAGAUAUUCAAUCAAGACCUUGUUAAAACUGCUACACUGUUUCGCUGUUCCAAUUCACUUUAAAAACCACACGCUGCAGUCCUCCUUUAUUUAAAACGAGAUAAAAUUCUUUUAUAAUUUGUUGUUUCACUUCACUCAGGGUGUCGUCACUUCCGUAAAAUAUAUUAAAAUGUUUUUCCCGGCAGCGUAUUCCUCACAUUAGUUAUUUGCGCCUGGUUUUUAUUUCCUCCUCAACGUCUGGUAUCUACCAGUAUUUGCGCCUGGUGCACUAGUACGUGGUGAAGGUGGUGAACGUGGUUAAGUUGGUGAAGUUGGUGAACGUGGGCGUGUGGUAUGUGACUCACGUGUGGAAGGAAAUACGGAACUGGACUUUGUGGUUAGGGCUCGUGAAUGUAAGGAUUUCUGUAUAUGUGAAUAAUAAUGAGUAAAGUAAAAAAUAAAGCAAAGAAGAAACGUCUGUCAGAGAGGGCAGUUAAAACCAAUGUUCAAAAGAAAAAAAUCUUGAAUCCCUUCGAAGUUCAUGUCAAUCGUCAGAAAUAUGAUGUUCUCGGACGGAAAACGAAAAAUGGUACUGGUAUCCCAGGAGUUGCUCGUGCGAAAGCUGUCGCCAAGAGGAAAAAAACACUACUACAAGAAUACAGAGUAAAAGACAAGUCAAAUAGGUUCCUGGAUCGGAGAAUAGGCGAAAAAAAUAGUGCAAUGACGACAGAAGACAAAAUAAUGGCUCGAUUUACAGCUGAAAGAAUGAAGAUGCACAGUAAGAAAUCAAUUUUUAAUUUGGCUGAUGAUGAGAUUUUGACACACCGUGGGCAAACCCUAAGUGAAAUUGAGAAAUUUGAUGACCCCCGAAGUGAUGACGAGGAGGAGGAGGAGGAAGAGAGAGGAAAGCUUGGUGCUGAGUUUGUUGAAGACGCUCAUUUUGGAGGAGGUAUAUUAAAGAAAUCCAGUAGUGAUGGUCAUGCUAGCAGAAAAGAUUUGAUUGAACAAUUAAUUGCUGAGUCUAAAAAACGUAAGGCUGAAAAGCAGCGGGCUCGUGAACAAACAAUUGAACUAACAGAAAAGCUGGAUACAGAGUGGAAAGAUCUGUUGCCAAUUGUAUCUUCUUCUAAGACAUCUGCAAGUAAUGUCGUUGAUGAUAACGAAAAGCCAGAUUCCUAUGACACAGUGAUGAGACAACUGAAAUUUGAAGCUCGAGGAAAGCCAUCUGAUCGACUAAAAUCGGAAGAGGAGUUAGCACAAGAAGAGAAGGAAAGGCUUGAAAAAUUAGAAAUGGAGCGGUUACAGAGAAUGCAUGGCUUCAAGGAAGACUUCGUACCUGAAAGGAAACACAGAAGUGCAGAUGAUUUGGAUGAUGGUUUUGAAAUAGAGAGUGAAGAGGAAGUUACAGUGAGUUACAGUGCAGGUGGGGAGCUGGAUGUACGGUUGGAGACAAAUAUGAAUCUCAAACUAGAACAGGAAGAUCCUAAACAAAAUGAAGAACAAAAGGACCCUGCUGAAGCAUCAGAAGAAUCUGAGAAAUCUGAUGAUGAUGAUAGUGAAGAUGAAGAUAACAUUGAUGAUUUAUCUGACUUGAAGAAUGUUUCCCACAGUGAUGAUGAUGGAACAGAGAAUGAAGAUAUGGUUGAUGGAAAUACAGAGGCAGAAACAAGACAGAACAUAGAAAAGAAUCAUGCAAAAAGCAAGACAGGAGAGCAAAGGAGAGCUGAUCUUCUUGCAAGGAAGGAGGUGAUGGAGAAAGCCAGAAAAGAACUGCCUUACACAUUUCAAGUUCCAGAUACAUAUGAAGAGCUUCAUGCAGUGCUUUUUGUACAGAGUCCAGGUCACCAAGCUGUGAUUCUGGAGCGUAUGAUAAAAUGUAAUCAUCCGAGUCUAGGUGAAGGCUUCAAGGUCAAACUUGCUAAUCUUUUUGGCUUUCUGUUGCAACAUCUUCAGGAUACAGCAGUAUCUACAGAGAAUGAAGAGGACUGCAAUUGUUUCCUUGUGCUGGACUGCAUAGUGCCACAUCUGUAUGACUUGACACAUGUUACACCCCUCAGUGUGGGUCAUUGUAUGGUGGAGGUUCUUAAGGAGAAGCAGCAGGACUUCAGAAGCCAUUGCAGUUCUUUCCCUGGACUUGAUACACUGGUGUUCCUGAAGUUGAUCUCUCACCUGUUUCCUACGUCAGAUUUCCGACAUCCUGUGGUAACGCCUGCCUGUGUCUUCAUGUGUCAGAUGUUGUGUCAGUGUAAAGUCAAGACAGCUAGGGAUGUAGCAAGGGGCUUGUUUCUUGUGACACUCAUACUGGAAUACACAGUUCUUUCCAAAAGGUUUUCUCCUGCAGCCAUUAAUUUCCUUCAUGGUGUGCUUUACAUGGGAGUGCCCAAAACAUGUGCCAGGCUGGUCUCUGUUGUGUAUCCAGUGCACAUAACGGGCAGGGCAAGAAAUCUGCUUGUUCUCUCUGAACCUUCCACAGUUAGUGAUAAUGCAGCUCAGCUGAUGAAUAUAGAUGAUCUACGAAAGACAGUUCCCACAGACGAUAGAUUUAAAUUACGUGCCUUACACACAGCCGUGAAACUCUUAAUAGAGUUCUGUUGCCAUUUAGAAAACAUGGCUGCAAGUUAUGAAAUUCUGAAGCCUCUUCUCAGUACACUGAAGCAGCUUGAUAUGGGAAAAUAUCCACUUUACCUCCAAAAAGACAUGAAAAGUGCCAUGUCAAAAAUAGAGGAAAUGAGGCAAAAGAAACUGCAAUUCUUGGUCAUGGAAAAGAAGAAACCCAAAGCCCUGCGAUUGUAUGAACCAAGAAUCGAACAAGUAUUUGAUGGGAGGAAAAGGCAACCCAUGGGAAAGGUGAGACAGGAACGUGAAAAGUUGCUUCACAAAUAUAAGCGUGAAAUGAAGGGGGCAAUUCGUGAGAUUCGCCGAGACAGGUCUUUCCUUGCAAAGCUCAAGCUUAAACACACCUUGCAAAAUGAUAUGGAACGUAAACAAAAAGUGAAAGAGAUAUUUGGCUCAGCAGCAAUGCAACAGGGAGAACUUAGGAAGUUGAAGAGGAAAAAACUCUGAUAUAUGUGUAAUUGUUUGUAGAUAUUGAUAAAUACAUUUAAUUCUUUAAGUGUUCACAUUAAAAAAUAUGAAGGUUUUAAAUGUCCAUGUUUUACUGCCAACUUAUAUAAUCUUAUACCUAUAUAAGUAACAGUUUAUUAGAAAAGGUUAAUUAAUUCCAUCCAGUGUGACUGCGGAAGUGUUUUUCUCUCUCUUUGAUAUUUUAACCUUAACAUGUUUCGGUCUUAUAGACCAUCUUCAAAAGGAUAUCAGUAUAAGACCGAAACAUGUUAAGGAGGAAAAAAAAUUCAUCAGUCACACUGGAUGGAAUUAAUUAAGCUUUUGUAACAUUGUUAGUGUGACGUUCCAAGAUGAAACAUUUAAAAUGUAACAGUUUAUAAUCACUGCCCCCAUUGUCACAGCUGGUCAUUUCAAAAUAAUCCUAUUCCAACCUUCAUGCCAUGAAAACUUUCCACAGAAUUUGACUAAGUGUAAAGAAUUCAGAAAAUGUAAGCUGUAUCAUUUACAAAGCAUACCAAACACUCAGUAUAUCAUAAAUAGCAUUAAAAAAAGAGCAAUAUUUGCUUCACAACCUUACACCCAUAACAGUUUUUUUUAAGGACUUAAUGUUUGACAUCAUUGUGCACAACACCGUUAAUUGGUGUGAUUAGGUUAGGUUUGCACAUUACACAACUGCAGAUCACCAUGCUUACUGGACCAGCAAUUGGUGGGAAUGAACAAUGUUAGGUUAGCUCUGGGGCGUGCAUCCACUUACUCCUGCCGGAAGUUUUGUCAGGUAACAUUAGUUUAUGUGUGGCUGGGUUAUAUUACAUUACACCGACACAUCGCACUACUUCACAUCCAUCAGAGCAUGGAAUUGCCCCCUAUAAUUUCGAAUGCUUUGCUUACCAUUGAUACAAAAUGUAUUUCCAGAUUUUAAGACAUUUUCGCACAUUCGGAAUACCUACAAAGGUUUUUAACUCCAGAAAUGUUAGAUUUUCCGAAGUUCAUAAAUUUAACCAGACGGGAUAAUUUAUUUUUCAGAUGCGAAAACUCCAAAUUUUCUUUAAUAAUUGUUAGAUAAAAUACACCUCGGAAUAUUUUAAAGUAUGCGAAUUAUUUUAAUAUU